AUGGACGAGGACAAGCUGGAGGAGCUCCGUCAGCACCUCGUACAUGAAAUGAAGAAGGCCCAUCCCAAUACGGCCAUUGUGAAGAAGUACAUGGACCUGACCUUUGCCUUACGACGGAAGGAAGCAGUCCAUGACAAGCCGCCAAUUGCCCAAAUAUUGCAGAGAUGGCCUGCCCUAUUCACAGAGAGUCAGAUCUGCAAUGAGUUCAACAGAGUUGUCGGCAAGAACCUCAGCAUCAUUUUCUUGCAAGCCCUUGACCAGAUCUCCCCCCACAUGAUUGAGAUUUUCAAGAAGAAAACCGGUACCAUUGGCCAGAAGCUGAAUCAGCUUGUUCAGGAGACCAAGUCCACAAAUCUCCUGGUCCUGCAAUCCUCUGCGAUGCUUUCUUUCGCAGAGGACUUCCCAGCCAUAACGCAUCAUGCAGAGAUGCCAGCAGUCCAUCCCUUCCAAGAGUUUUCACCUGAAGAUACCAGAGACACUGCCAGGCAGGCUUUAAAAGAUGUGGCCUUGCAGAAGCUGCUGGCGAUGGUCACUGAGCUCUCCUCUGAAGUGAGGGAACUUCGGAAGGAAGUCCAGGAGUUCCGCCAGUCUUGCAGGUGCUGCCAACCUGUAAGGGGGGUGGGACAACAGGUGGCCCAGGCAGACAUGCUGGAGUUGCCCCUCCGAAGCAUCGAUGCAUUUGAGUGCGCAGAGGAUGUUCUUCAAACUUCUGAGGCCUGCAAGGCAUUGGUGACUCGCUUGGCAGUUGUUGGUGGGAACAAUUUGGAGUCCAGGGUGCGCCGGAUCCUUUCAUUGUUGCUGACCAAUGAAGUGGCCUCUGGACUGAACUGGGCUGGGAAAAGGCCUAAGGAGGAUGGGAGACAGAAGAGGGCCUUCAGAGAUACAAGACUCUGUAAAUGCAUUUAUGAUGCCCUCACUCAACAGCCUGGCAUGAAUGAUCUGGUCUUCACCCAGGCUGUGCAGAAAUGGCUACGAUAUGCGCCAGACAGAACUGGAGGUGUCGCUCGCGCCGAAAGACAUGAAAAUUAA